AUGUCCGACUGCAGUAUUACGACCCAUGCUACGGCGUCCGCGGGAACCGACGCGCUCCGCAACCCUGGUCAAGUGGUGCGGGCGGAUGGUAUGCGAGCUGGACUACUCAAUCGGGGACGGACUCUUGGUAUUGGAUGCUGGAAUGUGCGAACGUUCCUGGACUCCGAUACCCAAAGUCCGACCGCACGCAGUCUUGAUCAAUACAACUUGGAUGUCUGCUGUCUGUCUGAAGUUAGACUUCCUGACUCAGGCUCCCGCGAAAUAAAGAUCCCUGGAGUCGAAUCACACUUCACUCUGCACCACAGCGGCCCGCGCGAUUCUUCUGGUCGGCACGGCGUGACGAUCGCCCUAUCGCAGCAAGCGAAUCCCAUGCUACUUGCUUGGGAAGCAGUCAAUGACUGGACGACCUACAUGCGACUGAAGGGUCACUUCACGAACAUCUCUAUCGUCGCUGUGUACGCACCAACUUCAGUUGCCGAAAUGCGCGAUACAGAGGUGUUUUACUCGCAGUUGCAAGCGUUAGUUGUAAGACUGCCUCGCUGCGAUCUGCUGAUUGUUGCUGGCGAUUGGAAUGUUCGAACUGGAUCUGGCGACUCCACAACGAGUCAGCUUCUUGGUCGCUUUGGGCUUGGUUCCCAAUGUGAAAAUGGUGGGAGAUUGCUGAGCUCCGCUGAUCGAAACCGACUGCUUGUCACCAACACAUGUUUUCAGCAUCGCAAAAAACAUCUGCUGACCUGAUAUUCAAACGACGGCCAUACAGCCAAUCAGAUUGAUUACAUAGUAGUCAGCUCAAGUUCCGCAUGGCGCCCUGGCUCCAUGAGGUGAUUGGACGAGCGUGGAGAGACGAGGUUUCUCCUGAUAACUGGGACUCGGGCAUCCUUGUACCCCAAGAACGGAGAUAACACAAGAUGUGAGAACUACCGCGACAUAAGCCCCAUCGACGUUGCUGCGAAGAUCCCCGCUAUUGUUCUACUCAGGCGUUCCAGGCUGUGCAUUACGCAAGGACGAGGCCCAACCAAUCCGGAUUUCGUGCUGGACGUGGAUGCACAGACCAGAUAUUUACACUGAGGCGCAUUCUCGAAGUCCGCCAUAGCUACCAACAACCGACGGCCGCCUGCCUAGUUGACAUUGCCGCCGCGUUAGAGUCCGUCCAUCGUGAGUCCCUGUGGCGGAUAAUGGCGCUAGAUGGUGUACCGACAAAAAUCAUCGCCAUGAUCAAGGCCUAUCAUCGCUCCACUACUGCGAGAGUCCUGGUCCGCAACAAUCUUACCCAAACGUUCGGUAUUCGGUCUGGCGUUCGACAGGGUUGUAUCCUGUCGCCCAUUCUGCUCAACUACGCUAUUGACUGGAUUCUCGGGAGGACCCUACACGAAGGUGACGGUGUUGAGUUUGUACCCGGACACCGACUGACUGAUCUAGACUAUGCUGAUGAUAUCGCCUUACUUGCUUCAAGUUUUGGUAAUCUGCAGUCAAUGGUGUCACGGUCGCUAAAUCGGCCGGUUUAUCCAUAAAAGACUAAAGUGUUUUCAAGCCGCAUCCCUGACCAGGAGAGGGCAACCCUCGGGAUUGAUGGUUGUCAACUUGAAGAAGUAGACAGUUUUAGAUACCACGGGGCGAGGCUGCUGCCUAAUGGACAGAGUAAGGCUGACAUUGUCUCCCGAAUCAAUGCUGCCCGCCGGGUUUUAUCAGGCCUUCGAAAAUGCCUAUGGAUCCGACGCGACCUCUCCAUCGCCACUUACAUUCGCGUGUGUCGUGCAUCUGUCCGAUCUGUCCUUCUCUACGGUUUUGAAUGCUGGGCUUUGCGCGUGGAGGAGGAGCGAAAACUGGAGGUAUUUGAUCACGAAUGCUUGAGGAUCAUCCUUCGAGUGAAGUCCCCCGACUUCGUCUCAAAUGAGAUAGUCCGCGCUCGCUGCGACAACAGCGCACGGAUAACUCAGGCCAUCCAAGAAAGACGACUGAGGUGGUUCGGACAUAUUCUUCGUCGUCCACCCCAGGAGCUCAGUGUUACUGCCCUCGAUCCGGCACCGUUGCCCCAUUAGAGGCGUCGAAGAGGGGGGCAACUCAAAACCUGGCUCGACGCAGUCCGUCACGACAUGGAGGUACUUCUUGGACCUUCCGUAUUCGAUCGCCGUCACUGGCAAAGAGAAUGGGCGGAGCUGUCCAUAUCUGCUGCCGCGGAUCGUCACGCAUGACAUCAUCGAGGUCGGCUCCAUCAGGCAUGAUCGCAGCCGUAUCAAGUACAGGUAAGUAAGUAUCCAGACGAGGACAAAGACAGUGGUCUGCAACCAGCUCGCUGUCAAGUGAUAUACAGUCCUGACAACAACGUCAAGGACGUUUUUCAUUCAGCGGCAAAUAGACUCCUCAUCUGAACUCGGUCUCUCUCACACGACCUGCCUGACAGCUUGACUGCCACUAACGACGUCCAACCUGUGCCCCACAGGGUAGGCGUAUCACCAGAGACUUGUGCUGGCAGACUUCCACAGCAUCUAUCCCUCUCUCACCCACCUGACACCGCUGACAAGACGAUCUGAGGACGAUCGGGGGGUAGGCUGAGGCGCAGAGACUGACAAAGGUACACACAGCCUGUCUACGCGUGUAACCGCAGAACGGUGGGUUCAGAUCGAACACCAAACAGACCAGAACGUACGCGGCGGUGGAGCAGCAGCAGCAGCAGCAUGAUGGCUGUUUUGGCCGACAUAUCGUCUAUAGUUCCGUUUCGUGUCACGGGUACUUUUUGAACGGAAUCCAACGUGGCGGCGAAGUAAACAAAGUGCGCGGUCAGCAGCUGGCGGGGGGCAAGGCGCCGCCAGCUCGGUGGUGCGUUCACAUCCGGUUGAAAAUGCAGCUUGGGUCAUUGCGGGCAGAAGCGCACUGAAGUGGCCGCACACGCAAGGUUCUGGUGGCCACAGACCACUUUUGCCAGUCCUGCGAUACAUGCGCGUCCUUUAAAUCACCUGUACGGGCAUCCCACGCAACCCAUGACCACGGGUUUCCCCGGAGAACGCGUGGAGCUGGACACUAUCGGCCCGCCGCUCCCGAUAUCCGUACGCGGGUAUGAAUACAUACUAUUGAGGAUUGACUACUUCACGAAAUGGGUCGAAGCGGUGCGCCUACUCCGCCGAGACGCCAACUCCGUCGCCUGCAGGUCCUGGAUUUUCCGUUGGGGCGUCCCCCCUAGCCUUCCACACUGACUGUGGGAGCAAUUUCGACUCGCGACUCUUCCAGGAAGUUUGCCGCACUCUGGGCGUCAACAAAACCCGCACAACACCCUAACACCCCGAAGGCAACGGUCUAGUCGAACGAACCAAUCGCACCCUUCACAACCUCCUUCUCGCCUUUUGUAAAGACAGUCACGAGCAUGACUGGGACACACAACUACCCUUCUGCCUUAUGGCAUACAGAAGCUCAAUCCACACCUCCACUGGUCUUCAUACCCUAUUACCUCUGGAGCGGAUGCGAGCUACGUCCUCCAGUAGAUCUCCAACACCACUUAGACGUACCUGACCCCACUACCGUUACCACAUAGGCCUCACAACUCCGCGAAAUAAUUCGGACCGCCUAUAACGCGGGGCGCGAGACGAUCGGCACCUCACCAGAAAACACAGUGCGACUACCGUUCGACCGGAACCACACAUCAAAUCGGCGACUUAGUUAUGCACCACAACCCGAUACCCCAGCGAGGAGUGUCAACCAAGUUCCAUUAGCCGUGGCAAGGCCCCUUUGUCGUCUUAGAUACCCUGUUCCUCACGACCUAUCUCUUACGUGACGCUUCUCAACCCCACGCGUCACCCUUCACAACAAACUCAAACCCCACCGCGGUCGUCUACCAAUCUGCACACCCGACUCCCUACCCAUUAUCCCCUAUGACCAAGUCCCCCCAGCAGCAGUCGAAGUCACUAUGCCCUCCCCCAUUAUCCCCAGGAGCACUGAGGACAGUACGGCAUCUACAGGGGGGGGGGGGGGGGCUAUGUAACACCCCAGCAGAACUGACGGACAGAAACCCACAAAGUGGAUGAUCACCAGCUGGCGGUGGGUAUGGCGUCGCCAACUCGGUGCGUUUACAUCCGGCUGAAAAUGCAGCUUGGUUUAGUCAAGUACACUUCGCAAAAAGGGUUGACGGGGCUUAUGAUGCUACUGCUGAUCUCGCAAUGUCCUUCAUCGGCCCUUGUAAAAGAUGGGCACAGAGAUGCUUAAGCCCCAGCCGCCGGGAACGAUCAAAUCUCACCAUCUUAAUUGCCUCAUGCAGUCAGGGUGUCGGAGAGUCGAUGCCGGACUCACAGACUUCAGCUAGAAUAUACUGGUGUCUCGAGACGCCUUGCCGUUGUGUCGCCUAAUUAUCGCAUAGAGAGGGAUGAUGGGCGUGUCAUCAAAGUUGACAACGUCCCCAAAGUGCUUACACUAACACUCGACCUUGGCUGAGUUGUCAGAAGUAAAGCCGCUGCUCACACCGUUAACAAAAUUAGUCAGUAUGGAAGAUCUACCAUUAAUGCGAAGGAUUUUUCGAGUGUCACCGGUGUCAGUUCAGCCCAGUAGUGUUUCUGGUCAUCUCACCUAAUCGACUUUGCCGUCACAUUUUAGGGAGUUGGCAAAGGGAAUAAACGCGAAGAAAUCUGGUACGAGCUGUUUGCGACACCGACGGCUAAAUUCGAGAAUUCUUUCGGCGCCUAGGCUGACUACCCGUGUUUCGCCGACAAUCUGCCGCUGCAGGACACAACUGCGUGGGGUUCAGCUGGUAAGUGGGUCCCCAAACAUUCCUCCUCUGCUUUCUAGUUGAUACUCCAUUUUAGAAAUUGCUGAUUUUUAAUUUCCUCAGAAAUAAACUGCGAACUUGGAGUAAAUCGGUAUAUUCUUCGGCCCAAAUAGUCGUGCAUAAAAAUUUCAGUCUGAGUCUAUAGACUAGAAUAUACUGAUCUACUUCAAGUUCCCAGUUAAGUUCUGAGGAAAAUAAAAAGCAACAAUUUCUAAAUUGGAGUAUCCACCAGAAAGCGUCAAAAGGUCUGAGAGAGCGUGUGCUAUGCAAAUAUCAACAAACAAUGACCGUCGUAGCCUAAUAUGCUCUGGCAGUUCCCUGCCGGUAGAUGUACUUGUGCUGCCGCGUGGUAUACAGGUGGUGGGCAUGGCUACCCAGUCAACAUCCUCGUCCUUCUGACCCCUGUGGGGUGUAGUUGUUGUUGGUGAAAAAUCCUGGUGAAGUGUGUGUGCGCUGGACCAACAGGGGGGCCACAUCGGACACUGGCAGGCGUUAUCUGUGCGCAAUAACAAAUGCCAACAUUCCCGGGGUGCGCUGGCGGACCCUGUUGUCGGCAUUCGUCGCACAACUGGACCACUGCCAUCACCCCAUUGUCUUGUGGUCAAAAUCCUGGUCAUUUGCGUGUGGACCAGGGGGUGCGGAGUGGAGCGCCAAGGCGACGAUCCGUCCAAGCCAUCCACCUGCGGCCUCCCCUGUCUCCGGUCUUCUUGACUUGGUCUUGACACCGGGCUCAGGCGGGGGAGGAGGAGGGAGUGUAGGUAGAUGCUACGCAAGUCUACUGGCACUAUAACCCCUGCGUAAGUCACCGUCCCUGCACCCAUUGCUGCGGCAACUGUGGGGCACACGGUGGACAUCAUCGAAACCGAUGGUCGAAGAAGACCAACGUAGGUAAACGCCCCUUACCCUUUUCCUCACAUCGUUGGGCAAACGGAGUAGUGGGAUUCUGUCAGUAAAAGUGUGGGAAGGAGUGCAACGAGUGGAAGUCAAUCGCGCCGAUGAAAACGCCCAGAUGACCGGCAAUUAACUUUAGAUUGGCUUGAAUACUGGGUGGACAGAGACGUUGAGAUUAUGCGCUUUAGCCAAGAAAAAACCAGUCUGACAAGUGAGAUAUCCUGUCUGUACGCCUCUUUUUCGUGUCAUGCCAAUUAGCACACCGGGAGGGUGUCGAUUUGCUCAAAAGGCGUUUACCGCGUGCUCCUAAUGGACUAAAUGGCGGCCAGUCAGGGGUUGAGGAAAGAUUCAAUGCGCGUCUAGAAAACACAAUUCACAAAAAAACAUCCUACAGAGCCCUGACUCCAUACCCCUUGUACGUGGGGCAGUCGUUUGGACGAAUUAACAUUCACAUAAGAUGCCUUGUCUCACGAAGAGUCAUUACACAGUGACCUCGCCUAGCGUCCGGGUCACAUGCUCCAUGCCGAACUCGGUAUUCACACCUCUGUGACGGUUUCGACACAAUUGGGCGCGUAUCUCGAAAGCUGGCGAAUUCGCGUGGGAAGCCUGGUUCGCAUUGCGAGGAGCAGGCCGUGUCAUGGUGUAGAUAGACCGAAGGUUCUAUCUCGCGUCCACCUGCUCUUGUUUUGACUCAAUGGGGCUUCACAAGUCCCACUUCCCCUUCCCCAUCAUCAUCAUAAUCAUCCAAAUCAGGCCUGACGGACCAACAAGUACAAGCCUAUCGUCCAAUCACAAAUAUACUCAGUGCAUGGACGCCUGGAACUCAUCGUCAAUCUUAGUGACAAUAUCACUCAGGGAUUUUAAAGGACUCACAUCCAGAUUGCAGAAGAAUACGGUCGGCAGCUUCGCGCUAAGGUCACCACCAGCCGCAGGCGGGGUUUCGGUGUCAAAUACGGACUUGAGCGUGGCCACAGUGAUGAGAGGUGUGGGGGCGGCGGAAGACGGCGCCACUGAUGCCGGCGACUGUCUGUGAACCUGCAGACCGUGCGGUUUGUGCUGGGCUUUCUUUUCCCUGCAACGGAGUGGAGAGAGGAGGGGAGGUAUUACUUAAAGUAUGAAAUCACUGACAAACUGCAAGACACCCCCCCCCCGCCACAUGACGCGCGCAGCUCUUAUGCAUGAUCUGGGGGAUGGGGGUGGGGAGGGAGGGUGGUCCAAAUCCUAGGUAGUACCACCGGUCCCGAGUUGAAGACGGCAUUGGCAGGACAGGAAUGUUCAUGUAAGCCUCCCGCUCAUGUUAACAAUACACAUCAACGCUAAAUAUCCUCUGUCUCUGGUUGGCCCUUCUCUGCCGUCAGGUUGGACAUCCUCUGGGCUGGAAGAAAUGUAGCGGCUGAAUUCUGAUAGAAAUAAAAUAUAUACGGCCGUAUCAGGACGGCGCUAACUACGUCCUCUGACCCGGCCACCGCCAAAGGAUCGUUUCAGCGCUAAGGUGGUGAAGGGGGGGAGGGAGGUUACCAGGCCAUGAACCGUGCGCACAGUGCACAUGUUUACUCCCCCCAUCGAAGGUACGGGAAAAACACUUCACCGCCUACGCGUCCAGGGGGGUCGCUGGGGCGUAAGUGCAACCGCUCUGGCAGCUUCAUUUGCUAAGCGUUCCAUCGAUCGGGGGUGGACAUUGGAGCAGCCUCGUUCAGCAGCGAGACGCGGCGCACCCAGCCGGACAAACGACCGGACGAGCAUGACUCACCGAGAGCUGGGCAACGGAUGCGCAGGCUCGAAGGGCCCUGGCAACAGAACCGGACGUAAACGCAGUUUGGCAGGAAAAAAAAAACUUUCAGUCCAGUCCACCCCGUUGGGGGCAGAUUGGUUUCCGAGCCGUCUACAUCUGCAUUAGACCCAAGCGGAGGUCGCAGAAGAUUAAAACAGGCGUUAAACGACUGUGACUUAGCGGUAACCCUCAACAAGACCAACGAUGGUGAUAAUAAUAAUAAUAGUUUCACUGUUAAGCGCAAGAAGGGCACCAUCAACGCGUUAGACAGACAGGUCACUCGACGCCUACUACUGCGCCCGACCUCGUCAGACGGCCGACAUGUCAUUGGUACAUGGGGGAAGUUAGAGAGAAAGGAUGGGGUCGAUGCUAAUGGUUAUUCAACACAUCCCUCAUUAAAAUAAGUCUGGCAUGCUCGAACCUAUUACGGCGCUCUAAAGGUUUUUUUAACCGAAGGUGGUACCUCGGUCGUACUCAAGAACGAGGGUUAGACUGCAAUUGCCCGCGCUCUUAAGGUUACCUUUAAAGCCUGACCACAUAUUUGAGGUCCAAGAUCCCCUGGUUAACGCCUGGCAUGUGUUGAGAUGAGGGGGGUUGUGUGUGGCCCGCGCAGAGGGAUCGCCUGGCUGUGUCAUAGCUACUGUGCCCUAUUCCGUUUUCAGCGGAAUUGCUGCGGAUCCCAAACCCGCAGAAGAGAUAUUUUAUUCGGAAGUACACCUGAGAGAUGUCUCCUGAUCGACCAUGAGCAGGAGCAAUCAAAUAACAAAUCGACUGACGUAAAGAAAACUGAAGAAAAAGCAAAGCGGGUGUAUGUGUGUGUGCGGCUAAAUGCAAGGCUGCGUAUCACCCUUUUGGGCCUUAAGGUUUGCGAGCGUCUGCUAUACCAGGAUCAGACAACCAUGGUCCCCGCAGCCUAGUGUGCGAUGGCAGUUCUCUGGCACCUGGUUUCCAGCCCGUAGACGCAUUUGACCUCCCAUACAGGUCGUAAGCAUGACAGCCCAGUCAUCCUCGUUGUCCUUCUGACCCGUUUUGGUGCGGCUGUGGUUGUUUGUCAAAAUCCUGGUCAGAUGUUAACUAUGGACCAGUAGGUGUGGUGGUACGCCUAGGUGCGGGUCCGGCCGUGCCAGCCACUGGCGUCCUCCCUCACCUCCGGUCUUCUUGCCCAUGUCUUGACAGAGGGCCCAGGUGGGAAGUGAGGGGAAGAAAGUGUGGUAGAUGCUGCGCAAUUCUACUCUCAUUGGCAAACUAAUUCACGUGACGCACCCGGUGGACAUCGCCGGGCAUGAGGGUCAAACUGUCGUGUCCCACUCCUAAUCUGUAAGACUGUGCGCUGAUUGGAAUUUUUAAAAUUUUCCGAAAUCAACUGCGACUUCGCUGGCAAACUGGGAGGGAUUUAAAGAGUAUUUGGCAGACAAUAAUAAAAAGGGGGUGUUCGAAAACAAACAACACUCCUAUCAGCCUGCUGCGGCAUGCAGUUAGCAGGUGAGCUUGCAUUGCCAAAAAACCCAUGUAUCUUCACAAGUAUGGAAGGCGCAUUCCCAGCUCGCAUCCAAGUGUCUAGUAUGAAAAACAGUCUGGAAAAAUAAAAAUUUUGUCACUGCUUCCCCUACAGCUUAAGCUCGUGUCAAUUCCUACGCCUUCACGAACUACUGGGAUGAUGAAGGAGCUGCGAGCCGUGAAAUAACCGCACGAGGCUUGGAUUGUCACAUGUGAUUCGAGGGGUAGACUGCGCUUGCGCAAUUUUUUCCUAUCGACGGUGACAAAUCAACCCCCUCCAGACCAAAAUAACCGCGUCCCUGGACGUUUAAGCCUGUGAACCCAGAACCCACUGUCUAAAGAUUGCCGUUUUUGAUGAUGAUGAUGAUGAUGAUGACGACGACGACGACGACGAUGACGAUGAUGCUGCUGCUGCUGCUGCUGCUGCUGCUGCCGCUGUCAUAACAGUCGUGCUUCCAAAGCCCGCAACGACUACUUCCCAUCACUUCGCACCGGGUCUAAGGAGCUCACACAUCAGGAUUGGGAAGGCGGACAACGGUGGAGCCGUGCGACUUCGCCUGGUGGCACGGAAGGUAGGCUUUACUUAG